GCAUGCUACACAUUACUGGCUACCUGACAUGCUGCAAUUGACCCCUCUGAUACAGCAUUCCACCUACGAAUAAGUCACUCUUGCUCAUGAGCUAGCCUGAUGUAGUCAGGCAAGGCCAUUUCCCCCGGCCAGGGGUGAUCGAUCCCUGACGGCUAUAUACGGGACAAGUACCUUUUCUCAUCCGUGUUCCCUCAGAAAACACCUGCUUUCCAAGGGUUUCGCGAACUUGGAAACUCCCCAAUUCGGUCGCUCCUUUGUACUGGCCUCGGAUUUCAAAGCCGGGGGUGACUUCAAACUGAGUCUGGCAUUGAGCAUGCUCUGACCUCACUCGAUGCUUAUGCUUGUUUCUAUGCUAUAAUUUCUGGCCGUAGUCGAUACGGCCGUACCCUCUCUCAGUCAAUUCUUCUUUCCAUCUGUGUCCUUAUUAUAGUAAUCAAAUCAUUCACCAUGAUAUUCUCACGGAGGAGCUAUCUCCUUCCGACUGUCGUUCUCAUCUGUCUCACCUACAGUCUAUUCUCUAGUCUACCGCCCGGUGCGGAGAGACCACAUCGACAUUCCCAUGACGAUGCGCAAUAUCCCACAUCGACUUCGGCUUCCAAGAGUGAUGACAGGAUCCAUUGGAUGAAACAGACCGAACACCACCCAAUCGACGACUACAUCCCGCUCCCUACCGCUGCGCCAUCCUCUAUACCUAAAAUACAAUAUGAGUUUCCCAGAGAAUCGUGGGUUGCUGGAUGGCGGAGAAAGAAGAGACAAAAUGCAGUGAAGAAAGCGUUCCAACAUGCGUGGAAAGGUUACAGGGACAAUGCCUGGCUGCGGGAUGAGCUGUCACCUCUUAGUGGACGUCACCGUGAGACCUUUGCGGGAUGGGCAGCUACCCUGGUUGAUUCCCUUGAUUCACUGGUCAUUAUGGGCAUGAAGCAGGAGUUUGAAGAAGCGCUGGAAGCUCUCGACCGCAUUGAUUUCUCCACCACACAUGCUUUGCAGAUUAACAUCUUUGAAACCAACAUUCGUUACCUGGGCGGGUUCCUGGGCGCCUACGAUUUGACCGGCGGGAAAUAUCCGAUCCUCCUAAAGAAGGCUACCGAGAUCGCAGACAUGAUUUAUGGGUCAUUCGACACUCGUAACAGGAUGCCACAAUCCAGAUGGGAAUGGACCAGAUCUGCAGGAGGUCACGGCAUUAUGCCCAGUCGGCAAACCAUCCUGGCUGAACUUGGAUCCCUUAGUCUGGAAUUCACCCGAAUGUCCCAACUCACCAAUGAUCCUAAGUACUUUGAUGCGAUUCAAAGAAUCACGGAUUUUUUCGAGGAGAACCAAGAACACACAAAAUUGCCUGGUCUGUGGCCAAUGAUGGUGAAUGCUCAAGACAUGGAGUUUAGUGAUCCACGAUUUACCAUUGGAGGGAUGGCUGAUUCGACGUACGAGUACCUUCCCAAGGAGCAUAUGCUGCUUGGGGCCCAAACGACUCAGUACCGUAAAAUGUACGACUCAUUCAUGAAAGCUCUCAAGAGCCGUCUCCUCUUCCGUCCGAUGACGAAGGACAACCAAGACAUUCUUUUCGCUGGAAAUGUCCAGGCCAAUGUGUUCUCCCCAAGUAGAGAGAGGCUAGAUCCGCAAUGGGAACAUCUGAAGUGCUUUCUAGGUGGCACGGUUGGUAUCGGUGCUAAAGUAUUCGAACGUCCCGAAGAGCUGUCUAUUGCGCGGAAAUUGGCUGAUGGAUGCAUCUGGGCAUACGACAUUAUGCCAACGGGCAUCAUGCCAGAGAUUCUGCAUCUGAGCGCAUGUCGCGACCCGGAGAAUUGCAAGUGGGACGAGAACAAGUGGUACCAAGAUGUGCGACACCGCUUGGCGAAGAAGUCCAGCUCUCAGAGUCCUACUGAGCAGGCUGAAUCACUGAUCGAGACAUACGGGCUGCCACCAGGAGUAGUUGACAUUCCAGACCCGAAGUAUCACCUGAGACCCGAGGCCAUUGAGUCUGUAUUUAUACUGUAUCGUAUCACUGGAGACAUCAAGUUGCAGGAUGCUGCAUGGCGGAUGUUUCAGAAUAUUGAGAAGAUGACCCGGACUCACUUUGCCCAUGCCGCGAUCGCAGAUGUGCGGGAUCCCAAAUCGCCGCAAUUGGACUACAUGGAGAGUUUUUGGCUCGCAGAGACGCUGAAGUACUUCUACCUCAUCUUCUCCGAACCCAAUGUUGUGAACCUCGAUGAAUAUGUGCUAAAUACCGAAGCGCAUCCAUUUAGGCGCCCGUCUACUUGAUUGUGAUGACCAAUGCCUAGUAUUCUCAUAUAGAUACCAAAAUUUCGCUCAAAGGGCUUGGUCACCCAGGCGUUACCUUACACCCUGUUUGUGGGACCGACGGGCACUACUUAAGUCUGCAAUUGCUGUUAUCUGCCAUUGCGGCUUAACUCCAGGCGCAUUCUGCCACGGCAUGUGGACGGCAUGUGGAAAAGAAUGCACCCCGUCCGCUCAGCCGUACAUGAGCUACAUAGUAAAUGUAGUUAUACAGGUCGAUGAAGUCUUUGAGGGCUAGUAUCUCAACCGGGCGCAGAGGACUUUGGGGAUGCCUUAGAAAUUUAAGCAAGAAAGUAUUUUAUUUCUCUCUUAUAC